ACCACACGCAGGACGAGUGCGGGCGCAUGAACGACGGCGAACACGACGACCUGCAGGUGGCGGUGCAGAAGCUGGACAACAUGUUCAACCUGUUCGAGAGCCUCGUGGGGUCGCUGGUGCCCUUCCUGCUGGUCGUGUUCAUCGCCUCGUGGAGCGACCGGCGGGGCAGGAAGGGCCCCCUCAUGAUCUCCCUCAGCGGCAGCGCCCUCUACGCCGCCGUGUACCUGCUGGAGGCCGUGAACCCGACGUGGCCGCCCGAGGUGCUGCUGCUGGCGUCCUUCCUGCAGAGCGUGGGCGGCGGCUGGGUGCUCUUCUUCAUGGCUGCCUACAGCUACAUCGCCGACCACUCGAGCGGCGAGGCCCGGACGCUGCGCCUGACCGUCAUGAGCGCCGUCUGGCAGCUGGGCGGCCCGGCCGGCACCGCCCUCGCCGCCUGGCUCUUCGACGUGGGCGGCUACGUGUGGGUGUUCGGGCUCAGCCUGGCGCUGUACGUGCUGUGCCUGCUGUACACGCUGCUCGUGGUGCGGGACAGGGCGCGAGGGCCGGCGGAGGGGAGGCCGCAGGCGCAGGCGCGGGGCGGCGGCCCUUGCGACGCGCGGAACAUCCUGGAUCUGUUCCGCGCCUGCUUCAGGAGGCGGCCAGCGCGCGGGCGCCUGCACUUGCUGCUGACCAUGACGUUCAUGCUGGGCGCCUACAGCUCCGGCGCCCACAACAUGUACCUGUGGGCGCGGCGGGUGCUCAGCUGGGGCUCCGGCCAGUACAGCCUGUACUCCACCGUGAACCAGCUGUGCCAGCAGGGCGUCAAGCUCCUGACGGCGCCGCUGCUCCGCCGUCUGAGGGUGCACGACUGCGCGGUGGGCGCGGGGGCGGCGCUGCUCAACAUGGCGCAGCUCACGGCCUUCGGAUUUACCACGGCGCCCGGUCAGGGCUGGGUCCUGUACGCCUUCGUGCUCCUGCCGGGCGGCCUCGUCGGCGUCACCGUCAGGGCCGUCCUCUCCAAGCGGUUACGGUUAACAAUUAUCUUCAACCUCUCCCAUACUACUUCAUAA